UUCACUGCCUGUGCAUCAGAUCCCUGUGCGGGGGGCAGGGGCGCAGGGCUGGCCUCUGCAGCUUCCACAGGAGCAAGGAUGGUGGGGCAGCAGGCGCUGCUUCUAGUCGGAUUCCUGCUGCCUGGGCUCCUGUUCUCAGAGGCUGCGAAAAUCCUCACUCUGUCCCUGGUGGGUGGAAGCCAUUUUCUGCUGAUGAAUCGGGUCACUCAGAUUCUUCAAGAUCAUGUUCAUAAUGUCACUAUGCUUCUCCAGAGUGGAAAUUUAUUCCUACCAGGUUUUAAAGAGGAGGAGAAAUCAUACAAAGUUAUUAACUGGUUUCUACCUGAAGACUUUAAUAAAGAAUUUAAGAAGUCUUUUCAUUUCAUUAUGGAAGAAACUUUUAAGGGCAGAAGCACAUUUGACCAUCUUUUAAUUGUUUUGGAACACCUAGGGCUUCAGUGCAGUGAUUUGCUAAGGAGAAAUGACAUUAUGAAUUCUUUAAAGAAUGAGAACUUUGACCUGGUGAUAGUGGAAACUUUUGACUACUGUCCUUUUCUGGUUGCUGAGAAGCUUGGGAAGCCAUUUGUGUCCAUCCUCCCUUCCACAUUCGGCACUGUGGACUUUGGACCACCAAGCCCCCUGUCUUACGUGCCAGUAUUCUAUUCCUUGUUAACUGACCACAUGGACUUUUGGGGCCGAGUAAAGAAUUUCCUGAUGUUCUUUGAUUUCUCCAUGAAGCAGUGGCAAAUCUUCUCUAUAUAUGACAACGUCAUCAAGGAGCAUUUCCCGGAAGGCUCUAGGCCAGUUUUGUCUCAUCUUCUGAAGAAAGCAGAGCUGUGGUUUAUUAACUCUGACUUUGCCUUUGAAUUUGCUCGGCCCCUGCUUCCUAACACGGUGUAUGUUGGAGGUUUAAUGGCCAAACCUGUUAAACCAGUACCACAAGAAUUUGAGAACUUCAUCACCAGGUUUGGAGACUCUGGUUUUGUCCUUGUGGCCCUGGGCUCCACGGUGAACAUCAUUCAGUCCCAGGAGAUUCUCAAGGAGAUGAAUGCUGCCUUUGCCCGUCUCCCUCAAGGGGUGAUAUGGAAGUGUAAGCCUUCUCAUUGGCCCAAAGACAUCCAAUUGGCAGCAAAUGUGAAAAUUGUGGACUGGCUUCCUCAGAAUGACCUCCUGGGGCAUCCUCGCAUCCGCCUUUUUGUCACCCACGGCGGGGUGAAUAGUGUCAUGGAGGCCAUCCAGCAUGGCGUGCCCGUGGUGGGGAUUCCCCUCUUUGGAGACCAGCCUGAAAACCUGCUCCGAGUUGAAGCCAAAAAGUUCGGUGUCUCCAUCCAGUUAACGCAGAUCAGGGCUGAGACACUGGCUCUGAAGAUGAAGCAAGUCAUCGAGGACAAGAGGUACAAGUCUGCCGCGGUGGCCGCCAGCAUCAUCCGGGCCUCGCACCCCCUGACCCCUGCCCAGCGGUUGGUGGGCUGGAUCGACCACAUCCUCCAGACGGGGGGUGCGGCGCACCUCAAGCCCCACGCCUUCCAGCAGCCGUGGCACGAGCAGUACCUGCUGGAUGUCUUCUUGUUCCUGCUGGUGGUCCCCCUGGGCACUGCGUGGCUCUGUGGGAAGCUGCUGGGCCUGGGGGCCAGGUGGCUGUGUGGGGCCAGGAAGCUGAAGAAGGCUUGAUGUCAAGUGGAGGCUUGGAAGGUGGUGUGUCUGGGCAGCGUCAGCAUUUCCUGGCGUCUCCCACCAGCUUUGUCAACCCUCAUUCCCCACAACCUACCCACUUGCUCUUUUGAUACAAAUUCCUGCUCACCGGCUCCUUCCUACUAUUGGAAUUCUUUACUGAGUCCUUACAGCCUUCUUUAUUGUCCGUCAGCAAGGACUGUUCUGUGGUUCCGCCCCUGGAUAAUAUGGACCAGUGACCCUCAGAGCUGGAGACUUGACGCCGCCUUCGUCAUCACGCCCUUCUUCAUGGCCCCGAGCCUGAAGCAUUCUGGCCUCCAUGCCCGGCAUCUCCUCGGCCUCCUUCCCUCACUCCACCUCCACCACUUGUCAUGGAAUAACCCCCAAGGCAGGCGCCUUGCUGAUCCUUUUGUUUUCUAUUUGCUUCUCCUGCAAACUCUCGUCAAAGCUCAGAAAGCCUGUCCUGGGCAUGCGCAUUCAGGGCCAGACACACCCUUGCCUGUGUCCAAGGUCCCUGCCUUGGAUUCUGCUGAGCUCUCCUUCUUUGCAUAUGGGCGUGGAGACUGCAGGUUGGUCAUGGGUGGAAGUGUCCCUGGUCUACACUUUUCAUAGCUGUGAGCUGUCUUCUCAAUUUUCCUAUUAAAAAGAAAAAAUGAA